AUGCCAGCUGUCUCAGACCCCUGCUCGUUCCCUCACCUUCCCUCCCCUUGCACUCGCUUGCCUCUGCAAAAUUUCCCCCUCGACCCCUCCGUCAACCUCCCCCGCCUUCCCUCUCUCCCCUCCCCUUUCCCCCGUCCGCUUCCCCCCUUCCCCCCCCCGCUCCACGGGCCUCUCCAGGUAUCCAAGGGAGGGGACUUAGCCUCCAUGCUCCUCGGUUCCUCCUCCUCCCCUUCCCCAGCCACCGCCGCCCCCAAAGCCCCCGCCUACUCAGGCCCUCCCACAGUAGCCCUCUCCCCCACCUUCACCCCCGCGCCCCCCCCCUGGCUGCUCACCCCUUCCGCGCCCGCGCCCACGCCGUCCGUCUCUGGCGUCUACUCCGUCACCAUCCCACCUCCCAUCUCCAUCCAAGCCUCUUUCAAAGAAGCCCCUCCCACCGGGGUUCCCGUUGCCGCCGCCGCUGCUGCUGCUGGUGUUGGCGGCACAGCGGGAGCAGCUGCAGGCCCAGGGGCGCUGGGGCUUGCAGGAGCGGCGGGGGGAGGCGGGAUGGGCGGGCUGGCUGCCACGUGGACAGCCUCUCCCUUGGGAUCCACGAGCAGCAAGAAGCCAGACGCUCUCUCUGACCUCUGGAGCACCGUCGCGUCCGGCGCUGCUGCUUCUGGCAGUGGUGUUGGCGGUAGUGGCACCGGUGGUGCGGCCUCAGGAGUGUCGCUGGCUGCAGCACCAGCCGGUGGGGACCUGCUCGGGGGAGAUCUGCUUUCUGACUUGGACUCGUCUGUAUCCGCUGCUGCUGUGCCUGACGCGGCUGGUGGGGACCUGCUCGGGGGAGAUCUGCUUUCGGACUUGGGCUCGUCUGUGCCACCUGCUGCUGUGCCUGACGCGGGUUCAGCCUCUGCUUCUGCUGCUGCUGCUGCUGCUGCUGCUGCUGCUGCUGCUGCUGCUGCUGCUGCUGCUGCUGCUGCUUCUAGUCCAAUGGACCCUGUGGGUGGGCUGCUGUAA